AUGGAGAACUCCUUGGAGCUCCUUCCAAAUGCUUCAGACACCCUCUACCCUGUGGAACGUUUACCAUCUGCCAUCCACCAAACCUUCUGGAUCAUUGGUCUCAUCAUCUACUGCUUAACCUUUGUGCUGGGCAUAACUGGCAAUGGGCUGGUGAUCUGGGUGACAGGCUUCCGGAUGACUCGCACAGUCACCACUGUCUUGUUCCUCAACUUGGCCUCAGCUGACUUCACCUUCACUGCCUUCCUGCCCUUCAUCAUCAUUAAUACCAUCCUGCAACCCCAUUGGCCCUUUGGUUGGUUCCUCUGCAAACUCAUUAGCUCUCUGUCUGUCUUUAAUAUGUCUGCCAGUGUCUUCCUGCUGACACUCAUCUCUCUUGACCGCUGUGUCUCUGUCCUCUGGCCAGUGUGGGCCAGGAAUCACCGCACACCCGCUCGGGCAGCCAUGGCUGCUGUAGGGGCCUGGAUUUUUGCCCUGGCUAUCUCUUUCCCAACAGUCAUCUUCAAGACUACAGUCACAGAGAAUGGGAAAACCUUUUGCUACUCUGACUUGGACCCCUGGAAUGAGACAGGAGCUGAUGAAGCCCUGUAUGAUGCCCUGGCUGAGAGCCGCCUCUGGUCCCUGGUGCUCAGCCGAUUCUUCCUUGGUUUUGUCAUCCCUCUAGUCAUCAUCAGUGUCUGCUAUGCCCUUAUAGCAGCCAGGCUCUGCAGUGGAAUGAAGAUGGCCAAGUCCAGUAGGCCCUUCAAGGUCCUCACAGCUGUGGUGACUGCCUUCUUCCUCUGCUGGCUCCCUCAUCAUGUGAUGUCUAUGAUAACGGUCUCUGCGUACCAACAGCCACACCUUGAACAUCUUUUGCCUUCCCUCAGUCCUCUCUCCUCCUCCCUGGUAUUUCUCAACAGUUGCCUCAACCCUUUACUCUAUGUCUUCAUAGGUAGGGACUUCAGGGAGAGACUCCUCAGAACCCUGCCAGCUGCCCUAGAGCGGGCUCUCAGUGAGGAAUCUGGCCCAACGGGCAUCACAGGGAACUGCUCCAACUCUGCCCCUGCAGCCACUGAUGUGGAAAGCCAGGGGUUAUGA